ACUGAUAGUUGCCAGUUGUUUUGAUCAAGAUGUCUAAUACACCAUUAGAAAAUAGAAUAUUAGAUUUACAGGCUAGGUUGAAAGCAGAAAACGAAGCGAGAAAUAGAGACAAAAUGCCUGCUGACUUGGGGAACGUGACGGAGAGUCCGAGGCAAGGAUCAGGACGUAGACCUCGAGCAUUGGGCGAGGUGACAGCACCUGCAAGACCAAGAGGAAAACUUGACCUCCCUGUUGGAUAUAUGGCACAGCAGAGGAAUCAGAAUCAGGAAAUAGACAAUAAAUUAAAGGAAAUUAUGAAAAUGAACGGCAUUCUAAACAUCAACGGCAAGAGGUAUGAAACUGAUCUGAAAGACCUUGAACACCUGGGUGAACUUGGUAAUGGAACAUAUGGACAUGUUGUGAAAAUGCUUCAUAAACCAAGCCAAACAGUCAUAGCAGUAAAGCAAAUGAGAAGAUCAGGCAAUAGUGAAGAAAAUAAACGAAUAAUAAUGGAUUUGGAUGUUGUAUUAAAAUCUCAUGAUUGUCCAUUUAUUGUCCAAUGCUUGGGAUGCUACAUUACUGAAUCUGAUGUGUGGAUAUAUAUGGAACUUAUGGCAACAUGUUUCGAUAAACUUUUGAAAAGGCUUCACGAAGCUAUACCAGAAGACAUUUUGGGAAAAGUUACAUGUGCAACAGUCAAGGCACUACACUACCUGAAAGAGACACAUGGUGUUAUUCACCGUGAUGUCAAACCUUCCAACAUAUUGCUGGAUGAGAAAGGAAAUGUUAAACUUUGUGAUUUUGGAAUAUCUGGACGCUUAGUUGACUCUAAGGCUAAAACAAGAAGUGCAGGCUGUGCUGCAUAUAUGGCACCUGAACGGAUAGAUCCACCAGAUCCUACAAAGCCUGAUUAUGAUAUUCGAGCAGACGUGUGGAGUUUAGGAAUAACACUCGUGGAAUUAGCGACUGGAACAUUUCCUUACAGAGACUGUAAAAAUGAUUUUGAAGUACUUUCAAAAGUAUUACAGGAUGAACCACCAUCUCUUCCUGUAGACAAAGCCUUCAGUGAAGAAUUUCGUGAGUUUGUUAAAAGCUGCUUAACGAAAAAUUAUAAAAACAGACCGAAGUAUAAGAAAUUGUUGGAACAUCCUUUCCUGAAAAAAUACGAGGUUGCUCAAGUAAAUGUAGCUGCUUGGUUUGCAUUAGCAAUGCAACAGUGCAGUUCUAAUUCUCCAGUUAGAAGAUUCACGCCACCACCACCGUCACCAUCGGCCCGCCGCCACCCUCCAUUGCAUCAUGCACAUCAUAGGUCAUUAUCAGAGACUGUAAAGCAACCCAAUGGUAGUACUGUACACAGGCUAUCAGAUGCAAAUUCAAGACUGGGCUGUGAUACAACGGAUAAUGGUGCACAGGGAUUCUGGAAGACACCAAGUGAUACAGAGUGGGAUGAGAACAGAGUUGUCGGGAGCGGUUUUCUUGGAUCACCUGUUCCUGGUCGGAAACGUUUCCCUUCUGAACCACCUCAGCAGCAGUACUGUUCACCAAGCCCUUUGGCAUUGCAAAGGUUUUACCAACAACAUAUGCCUCUUCAAAAUCACCAUCAUCAGGUGAAUAGCUAUCCCACUAUGCAGCCAGCCUUAGCACCUCAUCAACUUAAUAUGGAAGCCGCAGAUGACAGUUCGAAAUUGGACGAUUCCAAUGGCUCGAGUGGGGUUGUGAAGAAACGUUUUGCGUCAUAUUUGAAGUUUCACUUAGGAGGUAGUGAGUCACGAAGAAAUUUGCCCCCACCAAGACUUUCUCGGAACAUUUCACCAAGUCCAGGUGCAGCUUCUGUUCGACAGUAUUCUCCCGCCAGACAGUCCCCGGAGCCACCACCACGGUUGAGUAGGAUAUCAGCAAACAGUUUAGACGGAGGUGCAGCGGGAUCAUCGCCACUUACAGUAAGACGUGGCUUAUUGGAUGUGUCCCCAGUAAGAAGAAGCUUUGCCGAAGGCUCACCUUCUCUUUGUAGAAGGUAUAUAUCACCAUCACCUCCUCAGCCACCUCCUAGAAGAUUGUCAGAGAGUACAUCAGUUCCUGGAUCUCCACAACACAGGCGGGUGGAGCAUUUUCGAGCACGUUUCCAGUACACCCCUGAACCUCAACGACGAGUACUGGAGGACCUGUAGAAAAAAUUCAUUUCUUGAAGACAGUACAAUCAAGCAGUUGGAUUAGAGUUCCAAUUGCCAUGGGAUAGUGCACUUGGCUAAUGUGUUUGCUUAGCCCAGUAAUUUCCCUUUCUGUAAACUGCGUAAAGAACAUUUGUUGGAGUGUACCAUGGAAUGACUUUUAUAUGUGUUUAUAUUGAUUAUUGCAAGUUGUUAUAAUGAUUAUUGAAAGUUGUUAUAACUCUUCAGUGAAAGCAGUUGUUCGUGUAACAAUUUUAAAUGAUAGUUAGAGAAACAUUAAGGCGAGACUGUCUAUUGUGUUUGGCUGUGCAUAAAGCUCCAGUGAUUAUUUAGGAGAGUAUGCCAGAGCUGCUCCUGCUAAAUGUUAUAAAACUAUUUUUGAUGAGAGGCUUCAGCAGAUUCUGCAUACUGAUUCAUUAUUUGUGUACCAAAGAAAAUAUGUUAUUGCUGUUUAAUGCACAUGACUAGUAUGCUUGAACAGUUCUGACAUAAAACAUGUAGCAAUGGAAGAUGAUAUGGCAAUCCUUUUAUUUUAUUUCAUACAGUACACUGUUACAAUAGAUUUUGGAUUUUUUAAAAUAAUUUGGCCAACUUUAAAUUCGGUACAAUUCAUAUGUUUCAGAACAAAGAAUGUUUUUGCAAGUCAUAAAUAAGAGAAGGCACAUUUAGAUGUCCAAAAGUAAAGCUUAAUUGGUAUAUUGUGUUUUGAAGUAUCGUCAAAAUGUUUUAAUAACUCUUUUGAAGUAAUUGUUUUCUUUUGUGGUGUUUGAGUUUCUUACAUUUUGUAUUGAAAUUCGAAAUUGAGUUUUUGCAGUUGAUAAUAUAACGAAAUGUGUGUUUAACACUAUCUGUGCUUAAAUUUUUGCAUUUUUAUAUUCAACACAUGAAAUAUGCUGACAGAACUUGAGGAGAUGGAAGAAAAUGAAUUGCAAAAUUGUCGCAAGAAUUAAGUCCUAAGAUAUUAAUUAUGUGUUGUUUUAUUAGAACUACAGGUAUUACAACUUAUCAAAGCAUGCAUACUAAGAAACAUUAUUCCAAGAAACUAAAUACCAAAAUUGUAUCAUUAACUUUGUGCUACAUUAUGAUGUCAUGUUAUAAGCUCAGGGAGACCGAGUGGCAUUAAUGCAUUUUGUUUUACAUUUUAUGAUUUUUUUUUUAAAU